AUUUGCUCACGACUAUAUUAGAAGUGUUAGUUUAUAGUUAGUUUGUAGUAGUUAUUGCUUAGUAAUAAUUAAAAAAGUAAGUGUUGUCGUGACUUUUGAAUGUGAUAGCCAUGGACUUUAAUUUGUGAGUGAAAAUUAGUGUAGGAAUAAAUUCUGAAUGUGAAGACGUGCUUGUGAAAUUGAAUCGCCAUUGAAAUAUUAAAAAUGAAAACAUGACUUGAAUUUCCUCGAUAGAACACUAAAACAUUAAAGACAGAAUAUACAAAACCAAUAAAUAUAAAGAAAAUCAGUAAAAGAUUAUUUUAGUGUGUAUAAAAAUAUUUUAUUAUCAGCAUGUCACAUUUAGUGUUACUAAUUUUUGAGUGUUUACAAUGGUAAAUAUUUUUAAAUAUCAGUAAAAGCUAAAGAUCCAUGAAAAAUAUUAAAUUCAAACACUUUAAACUUUGUUUUAUGUGUACAUAUUUACAUAAUAAGAUGCCAUAUGUAUGGUUAUCCAACUGUUCAAUUUUUUGUUGUACUUAACUAUUAAAUAAAUAAAAAAGUCGAAAAAUUAACCAAAAAAAGCUACAAAAUGGCGGUGCUUAGUUCAAUAGUCGAAGAUAAAGAAGAGAUUCAUUUGGACACCGUUUUGGGCAAACUUGGUGCAUUCGGGAGACACCAGGUGGCGACACUGUUCAUGUUGGCUCUAGUGUACGCCACAGGAACUAUGUAUAACGUUAAUUAUGUAUUUGCUGUUGAGGAGGUACAUUAUAGAUGUAAACUGCCGAAUUGCGAGAGCAACACCAGUUUCUGGGUCCCGUGGCUCAACUCAUCUUCACCAGACACCACGGAGGAGGGCAUCAAGCAAUGUGCAAGAUACCAGCUCGUUGGAGACAGCUGUCCACCUGUCUUCGGUGAUAGUAGCGAGGAGUGCCGGGAGUGGGUGUAUGAGGAUCCUCACAGCUUUGUGGCUGAGUUCGGGCUAGCAUGCGAAGAGUGGAAGCGGGCCUUGGUGGGCACGGCGCAUAUCUUCGGGAACAUGCUAGGAUUGCUCGUGCAGGGACAAAUCUCAGACAGGUUCGGAAGAAAGACGGCAGCAGUUUUCUCAGGCACCAUGGGAGGAGUUAUUGGUCUAGUCAAGAGUUUUGCCACUUCCUACUGGCCAUACGUGGUCUUGGAGGCGCUUGAAGCGGCCAUAGGAGACGCACUUAGCCCCAUGUUUAUGCUCAGCAUCGAGAUCGUAGCAAAAGAAAAGGCGGUUCUAUACCAGAUGAUUCUCCUGAACGUGGCUACCUGCGGUCUCAUCAUUCUUCCCUUCAUCUCCUGGGCCGUACCUUAUUGGAGAUACUUCCUUCGCGUCAUCUACGCGCCCGCCCUCAUUCUUCUUACCUAUUCCUUCUUCCUUGAUGAAAGCAUCCGCUGGCUCUUCAGCAAAGGAAAGAAGGAACGUGCCAUUAAGAUUAUUGAGAAGAUUUCUAGAAGAAACAAUGUUACUAUAGAUAAGCAGAUGCUAAAUAAACUAGACUAUAAAGAAGAAGAAGAAUCCACUGAUUUCAGCGAUUGGAAGUUACUGUUGAAGACGUUUAAAUCCAGGAUUAUGAUGCAGAGAUUCUUAGUGUGUAUGGUGUGGUGGUUUACAAUAACGUUAAUAAACUAUGGGAUGAUGAUAAGCUCAGUGUCGUUUGGUGGGAAUAAGUAUGUGAACUUUGCGUUGUUGAUGCUGAUGGAUAUACCAGCGAAUGUUUUCUAUUGGGUGGCUUUGUCGAAGUAUAGGAGGAAGAUGCCGCUGCUGCUGUCGUUUCUGGUUGGAGGUGUGUUCUGUGUGGCGCAGCCUUUUGUACCAUCAGAUUACGCCUGGGCUGGGCUAACACUGCUGAUGGCGUUCGAGAUGCUAGCCACCUUCUCCUACAACAUCGUGUACAUGUACACCUCUGAGCUGUUCCCGACCUACACGAGGAACUCUCUGGUUGCCGUCUGCUCGUCGGUUGGAAGAGUGGGAGCUUUGCUUGCCCCACAGGCGCCUUUAUUGAUGACGUAUUGGGUCGGCUUCCCCCCUCUGGUCUUCGGAUCUCUAUCUCUCCUGUGUGGCGUACUAACCCUCCCGAUGCCCGAAACAGCAGGCUGCGAGCUACCAGACACCAUUAAAGAGGCCGAGAGAAUCGGCAAGAAGAAGAAGACAGAGCUCCAGGAGGAAAUGGGAAUGAUUGAAAAACCAGUCACGUAAAUGAUGAUGAAAAUGAUGUAACAAAAGAGUAAAGCAGAGUGAACAGAUUCCAAAAGUUUCUUGGAUCCAAACAAGUCUAUAGUCUAGAUUUAUGUUUUUUUUGAUUUGGCUUAUCUAAGGACAAUAUUUUGUUUUACACAGCCACUUGCGUUAAAUUUCGCGGGUUUAAGGAUGACUCACGCUAGACCAGGCCGAGCCCGGGCCGAGGCGUCCGACAUGUCUUACGUACUUACCUAAUAAUAUAUCAUAAUAACUCAUGAUUUUAUUAAACAAAAUUAGAAAAAAUAAUCAAAGUUAGUAAGUGGAUAUUCAUUUGUAAAUCAAAAGUAAGGAACUUAGAAUGUACAGAGGUUUAUUACAACAUUUACAACUUACUCUUUCAUUUUAAAGUCUGUCGAAAUAAUUUAUCCUCUUUUACUGCUAAGCGAGAAUUUGUUGCACCUGCAGGCAUGAAUAGCCGAGAUGAACGACACAUUGUUUCUAGAUAAUAUAUUAUUUAAUUGUUGACCGUGAUGCUAGGGAGUGUUUGCUAAACUCUGAAAUUGAAUAGACUCUAGAGGUUGAAGUAAAGU